GUCUUCGCUUUCACAUCGAAACCAAAAGGGCGCUUUUUCUCUAGUCACUUGCAGCUCCGAGACAUCCCCUCUAGCCCCUCUCUCUCUCCCCCAUUCCCAAGAAUCCAUCCAUCCCGACAAUCGCGGGCAGCUGCGGCACGGGAUCGCCGAGCGGCAGAUCGAGUCGCCGCCCGUCUCUCCUCCCGUGUCUCAGGUCAACACGCGAGCGGCCCUUGCUUCGAUUUAGAGCGAGGAGACCUCGUCGUUUUCCACCGGCGGUUGUUGGUGCGGUUCUUGGCUCCGGCGCGCUGCCGUGCUGAGAUCGGCGCGGUGUCCCUGGAGUUCCUUGUGCAGCUGGGGGAGUAGCUGGAAGAGCUGCCUCCGUUUUCUUGCAUUUUCCUGCUGCUGUUGCGGUGGGAUUCUUCCUCUUGCCUGCCGUGCUCGAGCUUGCCGCGCCGUCUCGCUCUGGUCAAGACAAGGCGUGCGGCGGCAGAGGAGAGCAGGCAAAGAAAAGAGAGAGAAACUUAAGCUGAGACAGAUUGCAAAUGGCGAUCGCCGACUAUUUCUAGCACCAGCUAGAGUUUAUUCGUGUAGCGGGUAGCACUGCCUUUUUUAUGUAAAUGUGAUUGCUGAUCUUACAGGUCAAGUAGAGGUGCAGCUCUCCGGUAACACCUUUUGCUGUUAGCAGAUGGAUGCUUGUGAUUGCAUCGAACCACUUUGGCAGGCCGAUGAUCUCCUUGUGAAGUAUCAGUACAUAUCUGACUUUUUCAUCGCACUUGCAUACUUCUCGAUCCCUUUGGAGCUCAUAUACUUUGUCAAGAAGUCAUCAUUCUUCCCUUACCGAUGGGUGCUAAUACAGUUUGGCGCCUUCAUUGUGCUUUGUGGGGCAACUCACCUGAUAAACUUGUGGACUUUCGCCACUUAUAGCAAGACUAUAGCGGUGGUAAUGACAGUGGCGAAAGCUGCGACAGCAGUGGUUUCAUGCAUAACGGCAUUGAUGCUUGUGCACAUAAUUCCUGAUUUGUUGAGCGUGAAGUUGCGAGAGAGGUAUCUGAAGGAUAAGGCUGAAGAGCUUGACAAAGAGAUGGGGAUUAUAAGAACACAGGAGGAGACAGGCAGACAUGUCCACAUGCUCACACAUGAGAUAAGGAGCACGCUUGACAGGCACACUAUUUUGAGAACUACGCUUGUUGAGUUGGGAAGGACUCUUGGGUUAGCUGAAUGUGCCCUGUGGAUGCCAUCCCGCUCUGGAACAGCCCUUCACCUGUCCCAUACAAUCCAUAACAGCGCUCCUAUUGGCCUAGUUGUUCCUAUCAAUCUUCCGGUUGUUUCAAAGGUUUUUAAUAGUAACCGUGCAGAAAGCAUUCCACAUACUUCCCCAUUGGCUUCAAUAAAGGCAGACACAAGCAGGUAUGUGCCACCAGAGGUCGUAGCUGUCCGAGUUCCACUGCUGCACCUUACAAAUUUCGAAAUAAAUGAUUGGCCCGAGCUAUCUGCAAAAAGCUUUGCUGUAAUGGUUUUGAUGCUGCCUCCAGACAGUGCAAGAAAAUGGCGUACCCAUGAACUGGAGCUUGUUGAAGUUGUUGCUGAUCAGGUGGCUGUUGCACUGUCUCAUGCUGCCAUUUUGGAAGAGUCCAUGAGGGCCCGUGAUCUACUAAUGGAGCAGAAUAUUGCCCUUGAUGCAGCACGUCGAGAGGCGGAAAUGGCCAUAUGUGCUCGAAAUGAUUUUCUUGCUGUGAUGAACCAUGAAAUGCGUACUCCUAUGAAAGCCAUUGUUUCUUUAUCCUCCCUCCUUCUGGAAACAACUCUUACGGCUGAACAACGCCUGAUGAUUGAGACCAUACUAAAGAGUAGCGAUUUUCUAGUAACUUUGACCAACGACGUUUUGGAUAUUUCCAAGCUUGGGAAUGGGAGUCUUGAGCUGGAUAUUGCACCUUUCAACCUGCAUGCUGCCUUUACAGAUGUGGUUAAUUUGAUUAAGCCAGUGGCUGCAUGCAAAAGGCUCUCGGUAAUGGUUUCCUUGGCUCCAGAGUUGCCUUCCUGUGCAAUUGGUGAUCGCAAGCGAUUGAUGCAAAUAAUGCUGAAUGUUGCUGGCAACUCCAUUAAGUUCACAAAGGAGGGCCACAUUUCAAUUGCAGCUUCCAUAGCCAGGCCAGAUUCAUCGAGGGACCCGUAUGCUUCUAACUUGCAUCCAGUUCCCUCUGAUGGGUCUUUCUACUUGGUUGUUCAGGUAAAAGACACUGGCUGUGGAAUCGGACCAGAGGAUAUGGCUCACACCUUCAGAAAAUUCGCACAUGGUGAGAAUGCAACAACGAAAUUGCACAACGGCAACGGGUUGGGUCUGGCCCUCUCCAGAAGAUUUGUUGGCCUGAUGCAAGGGGACAUCUGGCUCGAAAGUGAAGGUGUAGGGAAGGGAUGUACCGCCACGUUCUUUGUGAAACUCGGCACGCCCAAGAAACCAAAUGUAAAUGCAAAUCCUCGAAGAAUGAUGGCGCCUCUACAACCAAGCAAAGGUGCUGGAGGCCACGGCGCCGAUGCUCUCAGUAUAUCGAUAAUGGACAGUGAUGCGCGGGGCCCUAGGGCCCGCUACCAGUCGAGCGGGUGAGAGGCAGAAGCGUCGUCAGACGCACGCAGGCAAGCUUGACUGAGGGGAGGCGGGUCGCAGGCCCGAUUUUGUGACCGUGUACGCUCCCAUUUGAAGAGUGGGUGUUUGGCUGGUGCAGGGAUAGAUUUCCUACUGAGUUGAAUUGUGGGGGGUGACUAGGUCCAGUCUGAGAUAGUGACUUUGCCCUUAUUGGUGGCAUGGUGGAGGAAAGCAGUGAUGUGUUGUACAUGAGGGUCUUGUUAGGGAGGCAAAAGCUGAUACUACAUACAUUAGGCACUGCGGCGAGAUCCUGUGAAGAGUCAGUGAGCUGUAGGUGUAAUUCAUGAACAUGAACUUGAAAGCAUUCAUCGGAUAAA